ACCCAGAACGCGCGACAUGGCGGAGCCCCCGACCACCGAACCCGCCUGGAUCACAUUAGCGUCUCGAGAUCUGAUGGCGGCCUUCUUCUUCUUGCUGCCGAACUGGUUCACCAGGGCGUCCUUCCUCUGCUUGUACUCCAGCCCCUCCAUGGCGAAGUCCUCGAUGUUAUCGUCCUUGUCCCCCACGCUCUGGCGGAGGGAGUAGGCGUGCCCCGCUUCGUGGAGGAUGAGUUCUCCGGUGGCUCCGUCUUCCACGCCCACCAGGAACCUGCACAAGUCGUUAGACUCCGCCCCCGGUCCGAAGUUGAGCCCCCAGUAGUCCAUCCUGCCACCAUCGCCCAUGACAAUCUUCUGCCCUUCCCUCUCCUCAUCGUCUGCCUCGUGCAUCCGGAACUCAACCGCGCUCAUGUCUCCAGGGACAGUCUGGUUGGCGAACGACACCAGUAUCGGGCCCGCGGAGCCCUCCGCAGCACGGCGCAGCACCACCUCUCUGCUGCUCGGCGCUCGCUUCCCACCACCAGCACCAGCGCCGACAACACCUCCCUCCGCGAGGCCCUCUUCUCUUCGCCUCUUCUUUGACUUCUUGCUGGAUCUCUCCGCAUCAGGGUCAUCGCCCGGCGCCAUCGAUGCUCUCUUUCUCCCCAUCGCGAGAGAUGUCCUCGGUCGCCCGUUGGCCUAGCGCUGCUGUGUCUCCUGCUGCUGCCACCGUACACAUGCUUGUUGUCGCGCCCGCGACGGCGGCCGAGUUUGUGCACCCCCCUCAAAAAAGGUUCUUGAUUCCACGUACCCCCCGCCGCGGGCCUCCGCCACGGGAGCUUCCCGUCAGCGCAGGUCAGAGCUCCCGUCAUGUGGUUGGCUCGGGGCCUCACCAUCACCGGCGAUCAACCGCCAGAGUCUGCGGCAGCGACGGCCGACAGCAGAGCCAGGGUUCUCAUGCGAUGACGGCAAGCGGCGUGGACGAGGCAGCAGCGUCAUCACCAGCGGGGGCGAUGGACAGGAAACAGCUUCUGUCCAAGGUGUGGAAGGCUGCUCUCUCCCUCUCGGCGUUGGGCGCGGCGGCGGUGGCCACGGGAGGUGCCACACCUGCCGAAGCAGGGAUUGGCCAAGAUAUCGGUGGAUUUUUGUUGCCUCCCCAGAACCAGCCAACAGAGAUCGUGGUGGGCGAGUCUGACAAGGAAGUCUCGUUCGAGGACUUCGAACGGGCGCUCUUGAAGGGGGAGGUGGCGAGAUGCGAGUUCUUCGGUCCGAAUUUCGACAAGGCCAUCAUCGUGCUCAAGGAUGGGACUAGAGCUCUGAUCGGCGAAGGGUAUCCGGAGGAGAGGGCGUUCAGCGACGAUAGCCCGAUGAAGGUGGUGGGCCUGCUGAGGAAUGCCGGCGUGCCCUUCACGACCGAGUUCCGUAUGGCCAAGUACUCCAAGCCGAAGUCGUACAAGAGCUCCGAAACUUUGGAGGCGGAAAACCGACAAAAGUCUGAAGACGCGGUGCUGGACCGGUUGAUGGGGGGCCCGUAG